GUAGUGUAAACUCGGCUUAAGUAUAAACGAGUUGAAAAUCUUAUUUUCAGAUUUAAAAUGUAGUUUUUAAUUUUGGAUGCUGCAAAAAUUAUAAAAUAAAAGAAAAUUUACGUGCCAAAUGUACUACAAUAACUUAAAAACAAAAUAAAAGCUAGAGAAACAUAAAAACGGCAACGUUGGUUUACAAAUACGCAUCAGUAUCAACUUUUGUAAACCAAGUGAUUUGUUUGUAAAUAAACAAAUUUUUUACUUGAGAUAUGGUCUCAACGAGGGGACUAAAAUUAAGAUUUUUUGAAGGAGAAAGAGUUCUAUGCUACGAACCGGAUCCUACAAAAGCGAAAGUUUUAUACGAUUCUAAAGUACUGGAUAUUGUUUUCAAUAAGGACCACAGGGGACGAAAGAGUAUAGAAUAUUUAAUCCACUUUCAAGGUUGGAAUUCUUCUUGGGAUAGAUGUGUUAGUGAAGAAUUUGUGUUGAAAGAUACACCAGAAAACCGACAGUUACAAAAAGAUUUAGCCGAAAAAGCCCAAUUGCAAUUGGGAGCUUAUUUGUAUAGGAAAGAAAGGAAAAAGAAUAGAAAACCUGGUGAUAGAGCUUCAGCAUCAGAAGAUGGUAGUUCUAGUAGUCCAGGAAGGAUGGAUACAGAUGAUGGUCAAGGUAUAACUAGCAGCUCGGAAGAUGAUUCAUCUACAGAAGAUGAAACUAUAUACAUAGAAUUAACAGCGGAUUUACGGAAGGUGAUCGAACAAGAUUAUUAUAUGAUUAAAGAAAAAAAUAAGUUUCUGAAAGUACCAGCUGAACCAAAUGUUGCAACCAUUUUGGAAACUUAUUAUCGCCAUUAUGCAACCAAUCAAAUUUGUGGAUUGACAGAAAAACCUGCCGGUAGGUAUAGGAAUCCAAGUAAUCAACAACUUAGUGGAAAGACCAAAUCUGAAUAUAUACAAAGAAAUUUAACAGUAUGUAGAGAGGUACUAGAUGGUUUACGUAUAUAUUUUGAUUUUACUUUGAAUGAUUUAUUAUUGUAUAAAGAGGAAAUCGGGCAGAUUGCCACAAAGAAAACUAUUUUUGAACCGUUCAGUGGCGAUCCAAAAAAUAUAUUAAAAUCUCAAUGUGAUAUAGGUAACGAUUCGAACAAUGGAGAUUAUUUAGGACAAAAUGGUAAUGAUACUGAUAAAAUAACAGCUAGAAGAAGAACUUUGAGGUCGAAUAGAAGCGAUUCUCAAGCUAACGGUAAUGUCUCACCUCAUGAAAAUAGUAGCAACAGUAAUUACAAACCAGCUUCGAGUGUUACCAGUGGUAGUUCAGAUAUAACAGGACCAUUAUCUAAAACGUUAACGUGGAAAAUCCUUCCUGAUUAUGCUUACCAUCAGCAACCGCCUCCUCCUUCAUUAGUUUAUGGUGCUACACAUUUGGUACGAUUGUUUGUAAAAUUACCAGAAUUAUUGAUGUCCACUAAUAUUCCCGAAGAUAAAAUGAAGUUGUUAAUUAGACAUUUUGAUCUACUUAUCGAAUAUUUGAAUGAUCAUAAAGAUUGGUUCGGUGAACAUCAGUACAUUAACUUAUUUUAAGUUCAUUAAAUAAAAAAAUACUUAUGAUAUAGACUGAAAAAUAGCUAAAAAUAUUUCUACAUGUGUUAUAUAUUUAAUUUUAGUAUAGUUUUGUCUGUGUCCACUAGAAAUAGUUAUCUUUUUAGCAAACCAUUCUGUAUAAAUAAUUUAAAUCUUGUGAUAAAUGGUUUAUUCUGAAUAUAUUUUUAUAAUUA